AUGACACUUGUCGAUCGAAUAAGUCCAGUACGUGUGGCAAAUGAGGAAGGGUUGAUACUCAACGAUAUCAUUCCUGCACGGCAUAAGCUAUGGUGGCACUAUCCUGGUUUAAGAACACUCAAUCUCCUCUUACUGUGUGCUGUCGUGACAGAUAUCACCAAUGGAUAUGAUGGGAGCAUGCUCAAUGGCCUACAAAUUCUCCCAGAGUGGAGGAACUUCUUUCAACAUCCAACCGGAUCCAGGCUUGGCUCGAUUACUAACGGCGUGAGAUAUGGCCAACUUGGAGCGCUUUUCAUUGCGGCCCCCCUGAUCCAACGACUUGGGAGAAAGAAGCCAAUAGCAAUAGGUUCAGCUAUUCUCCUCGUCGGGGUGGUGUUGCAGGUUGCGGCGCAGAAUUAUGCAACAUUCGUUGCCGGCCGUUUUCUGAUUGGUUUCGGAAAUACGAUUCAGACCACUGCAUGUCCAAUCCUGAUAUCUGAGCUAUCCCACCCCUCCCAACGGACCCAGAUGGUCGGUAUCAUGAACAGUACUGGUUCGCUUGGUCAACUUAUGGCAGCUUGGAUUACUUUUGGAACGGCCUCCAUUGUUGGCUCAUGGUCUUGGCGACUCCCAAGCGCUCUGCAGGCCGUCUCCUCGCUGUUCCAAAUGAUUCUAUCCAUUUGGGUUCCCGAAUCGCCUCGCUGGUUGGUCGAACAUAACCGAACUUCAGAGGCUCGACAGAUCUUGCAAAAAUAUCAUGCCGAAGGCGACAGCGACUCUCCUUUACUCCAGUUCGAGAUGAAGGAGAUUGAACGGACAAUUGAAGAGGAGAAAAUCCAAGCUGUGACCUCAUGGAAUGAAUGGAUACGAACUCAUGCCAAUCGCCACAGACUUUUCAUCGUUGUCACUGCCGGGUUCAUCAUUCAAUGGUGCGGGAAUGCUGUAUUAUCCAACUAUCUCCACUUGAUACUUGUCAAUAUCGGCAUCAAGUCGAACAGAACGCAGCUUUUGAUCAAUUGUGGUAUCGCUCUCAAUGGGAUGUUCUGGGGUAACUUCUUCUCGAUGUUCGUUAACCGCAUGGGUCGAAGACCUCUCUUCCUGAUCGGCAUGACCGGAAUGUGUUUCGCACUCAUCGUCAUCACAAUACUAGGCUCGUUCCAAGCCCGAGAGACAUUCAGCUCCGCCCUCGGAUUCUCCGCCGUUGCAAUGUGGUUCGUCUUUGGCGCCUUCUACAAAAUGCCAGCACCCAUGGUCAACAGCUACAUCGCCGAAGUAGCACCCUACAACCUCCGCGCCAAAGCCUUCGUGAUUUUCGGAUUCGGGGACGCCUUGGCGAAUCUCUUCAGUGGAUACGUCAACCCUAUCGCUCUCGCAGCAAUCGGUUGGAAGUAUUGGCCUGUGUGGGUUUUUGUUCUGGUGAGCAACUUCACUAUCAUCUACUUCUUCUACCCCGAGACGAAGAACUUGGCGCUGGAAGAAGUGUCGAGAGUUUUUGACCACGUUCCUUUGGAGAACAGCGAUGGGGGGGAGGCUGGCAGUGAGAGCAAUGAGAAAUCUUCGGUUGAUGGCGAGGAAAUUCGGACCCCGGGUAGUAAAGUUUGAUUUAGUAGGAAGGUGUAGGAAGAGGGAAAAUGUUGAGAAUAGGGGAAGGGGUGCUAAGACUUUACCCCGCCAUUAAGCGAAUUUGCCCCUGAAAAUCC